AACUAAUAAAGAGACCAUAAGAACCCUCCCAAAAUCCAACCUGUGACUGACUGCGUCAUUCACAAAUCGCAACCCUACACCCAAUACUGGAAUUUUGGAAAGUGGGUUGCAUUUUUGUAUUCCGUGAUUCCUUUUAUCUCUUCCCUUUUUUCUCCUUUUUCUUCUUCCUUUAGGUAUAUACCCAUAUAUAGGCUAUAAACCAUAUAGCCUGUAUAAAAACUCUACAUCAAUUUUGAGAAUUCGAUGAUUUGGGUCGGCUAAAAAUACAAUCUUCUUAAUACCCUUUUGAAAUCUUGGCACAAAUUUGUGAGAUGGAUACGCAGAACCCAGAACGCGGACAUGUAAUUGAGGUACGUUGUGACAUUGCAGCUCAAGAAAAAGGGACUAAAAUCUGUGGUUCAGCACCAUGUGGAUUCUCAGAUGCUAACACCAUGUCUAAGGAUGCACAGGAGAGAUCAGCAUCCAUGAGGAAACUUUGUAUUGCGGUUGUCCUCUGCAUCAUUUUUAUGGCUGUCGAGGUUGUUGGUGGUAUUAAAGCCAACAGUCUUGCAAUUUUGACAGAUGCCGCUCAUCUACUGUCGGAUGUUGCAGCUUUUGCAAUAUCCUUGUUUUCACUCUGGGCAGCAGGAUGGGAAGCUAAUCCACGCCAGUCCUAUGGGUUUUUCAGAAUCGAGAUACUCGGGGCAUUAGUCUCUAUCCAAAUGAUAUGGCUUCUAGCUGGGAUCCUUGUAUAUGAAGCCAUUGCUCGACUUAUUCAUGAUACAGGUGAAGUUCAAGGCUUCCUCAUGUUUGUGGUGUCUGCAUUUGGAUUAGUAGUGAACCUCAUCAUGGCACUCUUGCUAGGUCAUGAUCAUGGCCACGGCCACGGCCACAGCCACGGUCAUGACCAUGGCCAUGAACACGGCCAUAAUCAUGAAGAACAUGCUCAUAGCCAUUCUGAUCAUGAGCACGGCCAUGGUGAGCAUACGCAUAUACAUGGAAUUAGCGUUAGCCGACACCAUCACCAUAAUGAGGGACCGUCGAGCCGAGAUCAACACUCCCAUGCACAUGAUGCAGAUCACACCGAGCCUCUACUUAAGAAUUCAUGUGAGGGUGAAGGUGUGCCAGAAGGUGAAAAGAAAAAGAAGCAGAGGAACAUAAAUGUUCAGGGGGCUUAUCUUCAUGUACUAGGAGAUUCUAUUCAGAGCAUAGGGGUCAUGAUUGGGGGAGCUAUUAUAUGGUAUAAACCAGAGUUGAAAAUCAUUGAUCUAAUUUGCACUCUCAUUUUCUCUGUAAUUGUUCUUGGGACAACCAUUAGGAUGCUUCGAAGUAUUCUUGAAGUAUUAAUGGAGAGCACACCCAGAGAAAUUGAUGCAACAAGGCUCGAGAAGGGGCUCUGUGAGAUGGAGGACGUUGUCGCAAUCCAUGAAUUGCACAUAUGGGCGAUUACAGUUGGCAAAGUGCUCCUGGCUUGCCAUGUCAAGAUUAAGCCCGAUGCAGAUGCUGAUACGGUGCUGGAUAAGGUGAUUGAUUAUAUAAAGAGGGAAUAUAACAUUAGCCAUGUAACCAUUCAAAUAGAAAGAGAGUAGUGGCAUGGGAAAGUUUAUUUUGGCUGUUGUACUGGUCAUUGGCUUCUUUAUUCUUUCGAAUAGUAGUUUAAAAGGAAAACUUGAUCUGGUUAAGCGGUUCCAGUAUCUGUUUCAUUUUGGUAAAUCAUGGUUUGAAUUUUAUGGCAAUAGCAAGGUGUCUAGCUCUAUUGGAAUCUGAUUGAAUCAUGUGUGGCAACUCUGGCCGAUAGCUUUGAUCUAA